CUAUGCUUUGGAGGUUUCGCUCGAGUGGCCACGGUUGUAGAAAAAGCCCGUGCUGCGGGUCAGACGCUCUAUUUGAACGCUGGUGAUACCUUUCAGGGCACGCCUUGGUAUACUUUUUAUAAGGGCGAGAUGGCAGCUGAGAUGAUGAAUAUGCUGAAUCCAGAUGCAAUGUCGCUGGGUAAUCACGAGUUUGAUGACAAUGUCGAUGGACUGCUCCCGUUUCUGAAUCUCGUUAAAUUUCCCAUAGUCUGCUGCAAUUUGGACUUGCGAAAAGUACCCUCAAUGCAAAAUAUCAAGAAUCUGAGUAAAUCCAUAGUCAUCCGGAAAUUGGAGAAAGCCAUUGGUAUCAUAGGCUAUUUGACGCCCGAAACGAAAAAUCUGGUUACAGCCAACGAUGUGGAGUAUUUCGAUGAAAUUGAUUGCAUUAAUUCGGAAGCGAAAAAACUUGUCGAGCAGGGAGUUAAUAUUAUCAUAGCACUUGGACAUUCCGGCUAUAGUAGGGAUCAGGAAAUCGCCAAGAAAUGUCCUGAAGUCGACCUUGUCAUUGGAGGACAUUCGCACACAUUCCUCUACACCGGUGCACCGCCUGCCAAGGAUAUGCCCGAGGGCAACUAUCCGACUAUUGUGAUCAACUCAGAUGGUCGAAAGGUGCCAGUCUUGCAAGCUUAUGCAUACUCGAAAUACUUGGGCGAGAUUCAUCUGGAGUUUGACAACGGAGGUAACCUCAUCAACUUUAGGGGCAAACCAAUGCUGUUGGACUCGUCGGUGCCCCUCGAUAGCAGUAUUAAAGCUGUAUUGGAUGCAAGAAGAACGAAAAUAGAUGAGCUUGAUGAACAGAUCGUUGGCAUAUCGAAAGUCUUUCUUAAUGGCUCUUCAUGUCGAAAAGUGGAAUGCAACUUUGGCAAUUUAAUUACCGACGCUAUGGUCUAUGGUCGUAUUGCCGAAGAUCAGGGCGGACUUUACUUCACGGAUGCCGCAAUAGCUUUCGCCAAUGGCGGAGGAAUACGUGCAUCUAUUGAUCCUGGACUAGACGGAAUCGUAACUGGAGCCGAUGUUCCAACAGUACUGCCCUUUGGCAACACCUUAUCUGUAACCCGUAUCAAGGGUAUAAAUAUCAUCAAUUUGUUGGAACACUCGGCCUCAGUGCGGAACACAAGUUUGGCUGGAGGAUUUCUGCAGGUGUCUGGCUUACGGAUUACCUUGAACUACAAUCGACCCAAAGGAAAACGUGUCACAUCGGUUCAAGUACUCUGCGCCGAUUGUCCAAGUCCCCAUUUCGAGCCGUUGGAUAAGCACAAGUAUUAUGGUGUUAUUGUGAACACGUUUAUAUUAAACGGCGGCGAUGGUCAUAAGUAUUUUAAAGAUCCAAAUUCUUAUGUCAGUGUUAUGCAAAUGAUUGAUCGCGAGAACUUGGCAAAAUACUUUCAAGAACACAAAGUGGUUUAUCCCAUGUUGGAGUAUCGCAUCAAAAUCGUGGAGAAGCAUCGGAAAUCCUGCGCUUCGUCAUUACGUUCGUUUUUAAACAUUUUCAUAGCUUUGAAAAUACUUUUAACACACUAAGUAACUGAGAAAGAUAAAGAAAAGAGACAGAAGUUUCUUCUUAUGCUUUUAUUGUCGCCAAUGUGAAGACUAUCUGGUAUUUGUUAAUUGCUUUACUCUCGGAUCUUGGACGUCGGGUCGUCGUACCGCCAGCUUGUGUGCAUUGACCCUCCAUUAUUAUACAGCGCCCUUGGCGUAAUACAUGUGUCUCUGCUUCAGCUACUCCCAGUAACUGGCACACACUCAUAAAUACAGUCGUCUCUAUGCUCUGCAGAGUCGAUGUGAGAAGACCUUAUUUAAUUCGCACCUUAUUUUCUCUUGGCCGAAUAAAACUUUAUCAAAAACAAUCAAAUUUGGUAAGCUACAAAAUUAAUGCAUUACAACUGAGCUCUGUUUAUAUAGGAAGGAGCUUUUCAGUGUCAAGAGUUCAUUGUCUGACUUUUAUAUAACAAGCAGCAUCCUUAUAUAAUAUAAUAAAAUACUAGCUGGUCUGUGUUAAUGU